AUGGAUCUCGAUCCCCCUGCGCCCGGCUCCGCCGCCAUGACCCCAGAACUGGGUUCGGUGAAUCUCUCCACCAUCUCCGCAGCCAGCCCUGAUGUUGGCGGUGCAGCCACAUCCGAACCGGAAACGAGUGCAUCCUUGGACAGCCGCCUCACUCAGCGCGCCCACACAACGACGGCUGAUUUGUCUGAAGAGGUGGUGUUGCACGCCAUUCUCCAAUAUCUGGAGAAUACUCCUUUUACAAAGGCCUUCCAUAGCCUUCAACAGGAGGUCAACUCUUUUGACCGCGGCUUGCGCGAGUACGACUAUACUGGUGCACGGCGUCACCUGUCUUAUGCAGAUGCGACAAGUACGGUCAUAGGGCACGGCCGGACAGGCUAUUGCCUCGAGGUAGAGCCUUCCGCAGGCAUUGUCAUCACGGGGGCUGAUGAUAGCAACAUCAAAGUGUGGCGCAGUGCCGACUCCCGAUUGCUUGCCACCCUGCGUGGCCACAAGAGCGAACUCUCCGAUCUUAGCGUAGACGCCACAGGUCGCUAUUUGGCCAGUGGUGAUAUGGCGGGAGUCUUGCGCAUCUGGGACCUCCACAAGGGCGUGUGUAUCGAAACACACCAGCCGCACCGCGGUGCCAUCUGUGGCGUGCAUUUUAGCCCCAACGCUGACAGCCGCCUUCUAGUGACGGCUGCCAAAGAUUCUUCCAUUACCUUUUGGACGUAUGACGAAGUGGCCGAUGCAAACACUUCCGUCAUGUUCCGCGCCAUCCUCUCCUUCUCAGCGCGCCUCCCGACACGAUCUGGUGUGCACUAUAAGUGCCGGUGCCGGCCUGGAAGUUGCGAAUGUUGUCUUCAGUUUGGUUGCUUUUCUCCUGGCGGUAACCUUUUUGCUGCCGCCCUGACCAACGCUGCGGUCCAGAUUUACCGUAUUCAUGACGAGCGUCAACACGUGGAACUUGUACACGAGGAUGUGGCUCAUGAUUCGACUGUGGAGUUUGUGGCCUUUUGCCCCGAUGCAACGGCCGUCAUCUCAGGAGGAAACGACGCCCAGGUGUUUUUGCGCCGCUAUCAGGAUGGCUGGUGUCCUCGCCGGCUUGACACACCCUUUGCAUCGGGCACCAAGAAAGUGUGCAUGAACUGGGGAGCCUGGACAAGCGAUGGCAGGUAUGCAGCCGCUGUCUUUGUGAAUCGCGCCUUGGAACCGGCUGUGUCACACCUUCUGGUGUGGGACAGUCGCACCUUGGAGCGGCGUCACAAAAUUCAAGCCCACACCUUUGAAGUGACGGGCCUAGUGUGCCAUCCAACGCAAGCCCAUGUUCUCGUCUCUGCGGGCCAUGAUGGUCGCCUCGUCAUCUGGAACGUGGCUGACGGCGUCAAGCUAGCAGAAAUGCAGGUUCGCCACGAGUUUGAGGGUCAGCUUCAGCCGGUUGACAUUAUGAUCACGCAGCAAAAUUUCAUCUGCACUCCUUGCCAUGUCCGAUUUGCCUCAAUUAGAACACCCGAGGGAGUGAUCUUGGAUGACCUGGCGCAUGUGCCUGUCAACGUCGUGGCCCACCGCUUAGUAUCACGGGAUACUUUUCCAUAUCCGGAGGAACUCCAGGAUCAUUCCACCGUUUUGAGUCGCCUGCAGCCUAGGCAAUCCACGGUGCUGGCCAGUCAAGUAGCCAGACGACUCAGUUCUCAACGCCAUGCCAGCGAAGCGCAACUUUUACAGGCCACAAAGGUUACUCUGCGACAGCCCGCCGAGAUGACGGCACUCACUGCUCAUGAGGGCAUGGGCUCAAGUCAACCCGUUGAAAACAUGGGUAGUGCUGCUCGUCCACGCCUCACUGCUGAAGAGCGCCGCCAGCGCCGCGAACAACGUGACCAAGAAUUUCAAAACGAGCUUCAGCGCGAUUAUGAACGACUCGACCAACAGCUUGACGAACAGGACGAAGAUUAUGUCGAGUCAGAGCAUGCCACUUCCGAGUCAGACUCUGACUACUCCGACUGGGAGGCCAUGGAGGCCAUGCAUCGUCGAUCGGCGCAGCGCGCCACGACUAGCUCGCGUGGUCGCUUGCUGCGUCGUCGCCACGCGUAUGAUGAUGACAGCAAUUCUGAUGAAGAGGAUAUGGAGGAACAAGAAGAGGCGAGGGGCAGGCGCUCUGCCUCCUCUGCUGCGACAGCGCAAAGCUCACGUGAUGCAGGCGCGCGCGAUCGGAACUCGCGCAAGAGCAAAAGCAUGCGGGCCUAUCGUCGUGGCCCGAUUCCUCUGGAAGACUAUCUGCCUUCAGCUUGGAUUUGCAGCGUGACGCUCGACAGUCCUUACUUGCCACAGGUCCAUGAUCAGAUCGUUUGGAUCCGCCAAGGGCACGAAGAGUACUUGCAAGCCGCUCAAGAAACGGGCUGGUUCAACACAAGCGCAACGCGGCCGCCUUGGGCUCGGCGCGAGCUGCGCUCGUUGGAAAUGUGCACCAUCGAGAAUCUUGGGUUCGAAAGCUAUCCGCCCGCUGUCGCUGUCGCGCGCGUCCGCAUCGAAGGCGGCGCCGGCGAUGGAGGCCGCCAAGACUUUUUCUCCUUUCGUUGGUGUGAUCUGGAGGAUAUUCCGGACUUUGUCGUUCUGCGUGGUCGCUACGAGAAUGCCGUGGCCACUCAAUGGCAACCAGGUCAUAGGUUCUCGGCAACCAUCGAUGGCGAGCAGUGGUAUGGCACAGUGCUUGAAGUGAGUCCAAGUGACCCGCAGCGUUUUCCGGACAGCCCAUGGCGCUGCUGCGUGGUACGCUGGGAUGUUGAUGGCACCGGAGAAGCAUGGCCAGAUGAACGGCUGAAUCCAUGGGAGAUGACACCAUUGGCCCCCGACGAUGCCAACUUUGAGCCGCCUCCAGAGAGUUUGGAGCUGGCCGUGGAUGGCGAUGGCGAGUCAGUGCGCCCUCUACCUGCUUUGAUCCGCCGCAUGCCGACCAAGGAUGACAACGUCGCCUUCCAUCGCGACCACCAGCUUGAAGAGAGCACACGGUCGCGUGUUUUGGCUGCCGUCACGACGAUUCGCCGGAGCACCGUGGGGUGGUGGCACAAGGUGAAGAUUGCUUAUCCGAUCGAUUUGGGAAUGAUCGAGCAGCGACUGGCCAACGGUUUCUAUCGCCGUGCGGAAGCCAUCAUGUGGGAUGUAGAGUUGAUGACCACCAACACAAUCAUCUUCAAUCAACGCACGAGUGCAAUCGUGCGCGCAGCUGAAAUCAUUCAAACUGUGCUGCGUCGCGUUGUGAACGGUCAGGUCCUUGGUACAUGCGCCUUCCCACUCACUCGCCUAGGCGCCCAUAGCCUGCUCACUUUUCGUAUCGCAAUUGGUUGUUUGACAGAACCGGAUUUGCUUGAUGUCAUUCAUCAGUGUCCCGAGGUGCAAAAUCCUCCGUUUGAGGCGGCGGAAUUGGCCCAUCUGCAGGCUUUGGUGGCCGAGGAGAACGAGGCGGCGAGCGGCGCCCACCCUCGCGUACCGUCACGUGAUGUGUCCAACACCGCUUCUCCGGCACGACGUCGGCCAUCCAGCAACGCGGGCCCCACUGCCAGUUCAGGCACGGCCCGCGGUCGUGGUCGUGGUGGGCGGCGCACUUCAUCGGGACGGGGCCGAGUAGCCCGUCGCCUGUCGACAUCUAGUGCUCACGUCAAGGCAGAGGCACGUGCAACUGACGAGCCCAGGGGCAAGGCAUUUCAUGCCGCGACUUUGUCGCCCAGCGAAGAAGCCGCUGCAGAUACUUCAGCGAAGACUAUUCGAGGGGCACGAACCCACUCAGAUAGUUGGCGGCAGUGUUGCCUCACCAUCCAUCACAAAUUGUGUGAGGUAGAGGUUACCGAAUUCUUGCUAGAUCCCGUUGAUCCAAACGUGCUCGAAGACUACACCGACUUUGUUGAGCAGCCCAUUUGUCUCCGGGAGAUUGAAGACAACCUUGUCAACAAGCAAUACCAGACAGCAGAGGAUUACGUGCGAGCGAUUCAGCACUUGCUGGAAAACGCGUUCUGCUACAACAUGUUCAACCCAGGUCUUGCAUCUCACAUCCUUUCGGCCUUCCUGCUGGGCCCGCGACACGCCUUUAGAUUUGUCAGCGAUCUGACGGCCAUGGAGGCACGAUUUAAUGAGCUACAACGCGAGCAUUUGGGCACCGUGCUGUAUCAGGGAGGCGGGGAGCGCAUGACGGCGGCGCUGCGAGCCGAUUGUCAAGCCAUCUUGGACGUCUUGCAACAACAGGAGGACGCUGCAGAGUUUGUCAUGCCUCUGGACGAGCAGGCCGAGUGGUACCCCGCCUAUGUCGAAAAGAUUGGGCAGCCCCUUUGGUUGCAAGCCGUGGCAGAGCGCCUUGCAGCCGGAGAGUAUCGCACGCUGCGAUCUUUCGCCAACGAUGCCGUGCGCGUAUUUGCAAAUGCCCUACGCUUCAACGAAGCCACGACUGACUUUAGCUGCGCUGCUGAACGACUUUUGGGUUUGCUGGUGCAAGAACUGGAGCGACGCACGCGCUUUCGGGUCGCCAACACUUUUGUCAAUCCAAUCUUGCAGCAGGCGUCCCAAGUGGAUGCGCACGGUCCAUUUCCCGUGUCUGACACGGUGGCCAUGAUUCGGGAGCUGAUACAGAUGCAGCGUGUUGCUACACCUCAUCGGGGCCGGGGUGUAGCAGCGGCGCCUGUACCUGAAGAAAUGCUGCCGCUGCAGGAGGUUUUGCGCGAGCUGGAGACUGGUCAACUGCGUGGUUGGCGAGCGCUCUAUACGCGUGUGAGAUCCCUUGUUGUUUUGGCCUGGUACCGAGCUCGUGGGGAUGAAGGUGUUCGUCAGACGUUGAUGAAAGUGCAUGAAAGGUUUUACGACUCUUUCAUGACUCACCUGGAAGAUCGCCUUGAUCAAGCCAGCGCUGGCGCAAGUGGUAGCAGACGCGGGCGUGGUCGGUCAGCGCGGCGCGGCGCCCGUGGUGGCAGCGGGCGUGGCAGGGGGCGAGGCCGGCCUGCUCGGCGAAGGCCUCAAUGGGGUCAUUCAAGUGAUGAGGAUGAGGAUGAGGAGGACGACGUUGAAGAGGAGGAGGACGACGAUCACUACGAAGAAGACGAUGCCUCGGAGGAUGAUCACGAAAGCUCCUUCGGCUCUGAAGAUGAUGCCGAUGAUGACGGCGCACCGGCUCGGAAACGGGCCAGACGUUCGCGGCGAACAUUGCGCAACUAG